CGAAAGGACAAGCCCCGUCUUCUCUCUCGCAGUUUGGGAUCGAGGCAUCGAGCUUUUCUUCCUCCCGUAAAAUCUCCCAAUCGACCGCCGCUGGGAGAGAGCAGUCGCGCCGGAGCCGGAGGACUUCUCUGCGCCGCCAUCACCACUGUCCACCGUGGCGGGUAGGGGAGGGGUACGUGGCGUCUACUGUAGGCCGCCGUCGGUGCUGGGAGCCGUCUCCGCUGGUGCUCUGGGGCCGGGGCCUCCUGAGCCUUUGCUGGGCGCUCGAGGAGCGACGCCGGGGCCCCCUCCGGCCGGGAAAGUUUGCGCCAAGAUCAGGAUCUGCAGCCGUGGAGUCGAGCCGCCACGCCUUGGCGAGGGACCGAGGGGAUGGAUUCCCCCAUGGCGAAGAAGGCGACGAAACCAGAGGAGGAAGAUAGGUUGAGCGUGCUGCCAGAUGAUGUUUUACUGUCUAUCCUGCGGAAAGUCGACAUAAGCACGGCCGCACGAACAAGUUCACUGUCAACACGGUGGAGGCAGCUGCCCUGGCUGCUGCCUGAGCUCAACAUUGAUGUCAGCUGUUUCCUACCUGCUCCACGCUCAGACCCGAUUGAGGCAAAUGACAUGCAGGAAGCUAUGGUGGCUCUAACCAAAGCAACCAGGAGUUUAUUGUCUAAGCCUCAUAGAGGAUCCACCACCACGAGGCUGGACCUUGUGAUCUACUUGAUCAAUACUUUCUUGUCUGACCUUGGCCCACUGGUGGGUGACGCAGUCGAUUGUGGUUUGUUAAAAGAUUUGGAUCUCACCAUUCAUGACGGGACAGAUGCUCUUGACCGUAAUGAAGAGUAUAUGCUUCAGCGAGCGCAGGAUAUAUAUGGGUUUUUCACUGCCUACCCUAGUGUGCUCCAUUGCCUCACAAAGCUCUCUCUGUACAAUGUAUGCUUCAGUGAACUGGACAUCAAUCGUGUCCUGUUUGACAGCUGCAAGGAACUGAAGCAUCUAUUCCUCAUUUACUGUGAUACUGGCCGUCACACUCUCUGUAAGAUAGAUGCACCAAAUUCAAAACUCAGUGUUUUAGAAAUCCACUUCUGUCGCUUUGAGAUGCUUGAGUUGGUCUGCCUUCCAAAGCUGGAGAAGCUCACAUGGUAUCAUUGGUUGUCUGAAUAUAGCCCCUUGCUGUUGUGUUAUGUCCCAUCUCUUGGGGAAUUAGAACUCUCAUCUGCGUUAACACUAAAGCAUGUACCAUUUAAAUUAAGUGAGGUUCUACAUGGAACCACAAGCAUACAUACUCUGACAUUGGACUUCCAAGGAGAAAAAGUACCACUUUUUUUUUUGUAUUCACUACAUUUGUCACGCCUCUGUAUUUUCUGUGUGGUCAUAUUUAUCCGGGAUAUACCAUGGAUGAGUUUUUGCAUGAUAGAGUACAAAUAGAGCUGUAAAUAAUUCAAGAACCUCCAUACAUGUACUGUUUUCUAUAGAUGCUUUUAAACUGUUUCUUCUUAUUUUGUUUUUAUCUUGUGGUCAGCUUUGGAUGCAACCUGAAAUGAAGCAACUCUGCACCGCAUUCAACAAGCUAAGGAAGCUGUCUGUGUGUGGUAUCUUUGUUGAAUUUGACAUUAUAUGGACGACAGCCUUUCUUGUGGCGGCACCCUCCAUUGAAAUAUUAUGUAUUGAGGAAAGUCAACUAUAUUCGUAUGUUUUCCUCAUGCAAUCUAGGUAUUGGACCAUGACACAUGCGGUUGGGACGAAAAUUAUAACAGAAAGUUGCUAUUCGCCGAUAGAAAAAAUCCUGAGUGGGAGAUGGACUCGCACAGCUCCAAGAACUGGCUACUGAAGGAGCUCCAGAUCUCUGGCUUCAGGCCGCUGGAACAGCAGUUUACAUUUAUAAGGGCCUUGCUGGAGCGAGCCCCCAACUUGCAGACGAUUGUCCUGAAAGGAGACAUAGAGUGCGUGUGGGAUUGUGUCGCCCUCACAAGAGAGUCUUUAUUUCCAAAGAGUGAGGCUGAUCAAGAAAUGGUGGUGAGGCGAAUCACAGACGGCAAACCCUUGCCCCGAGUGAUCUUCCAUGAAUGAUCCUGUUUUCUUCGGAUCAUCUUUGUUGUUUAAGCUGCAAGGACUGAGUUGUCUGUAUGACCUGUAUCGUUUUGGGUGUUCAGUCAGACAGUUGGAUAUGGGCCUGUGUAAUGAAUUCAGUGAGAGUGAGAGAUUGGUAUGUGCUAGGAACUAAGGCUGGGUUUCAUUUCGUGAGAAGCACAGCAUGCAUGCAAGUUCAUGUUCAAGUUGAACUUCUGGUGCUAGCUAAGCUAUAUUCUUUCUUUCUUUUGGUUGGUUGCUUGCAUGCUGGGAAAACCAUUAAUCCUGAACUUGUGAUGCCUGCGCUA